AUGCAAGGUGGGGUGGACGUCCAGAGCUUGUUCCUGCACGGUGGCGACUGCUUCGACAUGUGACAUGAUUACAUGAACCUGAGCAGCCUUCUGGAGAAGCGCGACCAGAGGGAGGUGGCUCCAGAGGAGCCCGAGAAGGACCCCCAUUGGCGCCACCUCCAGACCCCAUCCAGGCUCAGGACCUCCAGCAUCUCCGCAGAGACUAGUUCCAGCAGCAACAGCAGCAGCAGCAGCAACGGGGCGUCUGCAAGCAGCUGCAGUUUCUGCAAGCAGAACGGAGAGUCUUCUAAGGUGUACCGGUCCCACAAGCUGAAAUCUGACAACGGGAAGGUGCUCUGCCCCGUCCUCCGGAAGUACACCUGUCCCAUCUGUAAGGCCACCGGGGACAGCGCGCACACACGCAAGUACUGUCCUCGAGACAAGCGGCAGGAGGCUGCGAGGGUGCUGCCCGGAUUAAAGUUCUGGUAACAUGAUGCUGUCAGCUGGAACAAACUACAUAUUUAUAAAAGGUUGUUUUGUUUACUUAAAAUCUGUCAACAAGGAGAAAAAUGGGUUUAAGUGGAUCCUGUUUGGUUUGAUGUUUGAGCAUCUGACCUGCAUCCUUUAACAAUCCCAAACUUUCAGUAUUUGUUUGUUUUUAUCAUGACUAAAUGCAAAUGAUUUUGAGAGGCAGUUUUUGUUGUGUUCCGUCUUUAAUGAGUUAAAACACAAUAAUAAUCUGUUCCGUCAUCAUUUUCAUAAUAAUAAACAGUUCUUUGAAAACUAUUGUUGGGUAUAUUUUUAUGUUCCUUUUUGAGCCAAAGCUCAUUGGUUAUCUCUGGAAUGUGGUGU